CUGAAACUGAAACUUGAGACCACGCUUAACUAAUGAAAUCUCAUUUCAUAGUGAAAUCUUAAGUACGACUCAAGAUUAUUAGAUGCACAAUCAUUGCUUAAGCCAGAUCUUGAGCCAGUUUUUGUCGAGUCCAGUAAGUGGACUUAAGACGGUCUUGAAAUAAAAAAUGGUUUGAGAAAGCCUGAUGGGUGAGGUCUUCCAAUUGAACCAGUUUUUCAGCUGCUCAUUUGUUUAAGAUUUUAUGCUACUGCUUCUUUUUAGAAAGUAAAUGGAGAUCUUAUUGAAUUACCACAAUCUACACAAUUAGUAGAAUCACGUUCAAAGUAACUGUUAUAUUAGCAUCUUAUUUAAAUACUUAUGUUAAAUUUCUGACUAAGCAACUAUACAAGAAAAUAGAAGAUUGUGUAAAGAAUUAGGACAUGGACAUGGAGCUAUUGGAUUUCCUUGUAUUAAUGGAGCGAUAGACUGUACUCAUAAGACUAUUUGGUAAUAAUUUUCAAGGAUUAGAUGAAAUGUACAGAAAUAGAAAAGGAUAUUUUUCUUUAAAUGUCCAGUUAUAAUUUUACGAAGUAAGGUGCUAGAAGUGAACGAUAAAAAUAACGCAGCAAAGAUGCUGAAAGACGACUGCAAGAUUCAUGUGCAGGAAUCAGAAGAAUUGCUGGAACCUGUGAAAUCGUGGAAUUCACAAAUGUACAUCGAAUUCGACGAUCUUUGUUACUCAGUUUGUUGCAACCGCAAAGGGACUGAGAAAAUGAUUCUACGUAAUGUAACGGGACACUUCGAACCAGGGAAAAUCACGGUGAUAGUCGGUCCUUCCGGUGCGGGGAAGACCACCUUGCUAAAAAUCAUAUCGGGCAAACAACAGAUCGAUAUUAAGGGUACCAUCACCGUCAAUGGUGCUAAACAAAAUAGAAAAAUGUUCCGCAAACAGGUGUGUUACGUACCGCAACAAUUCGAUCUAUUGCCGUACCUCACAACAAGAGAAACUCUCUAUAUGGCAGCUCGACUAAAGCUUAAUCAGAACAAACAAGCAAUUUGUUCAAUGGUGAACGAUAUCGCGAAAAGUUUCAACUUGUCAAAGUGUCUGGAUACAUUGGCGAAUAAAUUAAGCGGUGGUGAACGGAAGAGACUUUCUAUCGGUGUGGAAAUGUUUGUUCAACCAUCCGUUUUUUUAUUAGACGAACCAACAAGCGGUCUGGACAGUACGGCCUCUAAUCAGCUCAUUAACAUACUACAUGAUAUGGCAAGAGCGAAUUGCACUGUGAUUUGUACAAUACAUCAACCCAACAGUCAGAUAAUUUCGCUCUUCGAUAACAUUAUCGUGAUCAACCAAGGCAGAUGUAUGUAUUGCGGUCCAAAAGACGAGAUCUUAAACACGUACAGCAUUGCUGGGUUUACGUGUCCCAACUUCUAUAACAUAAUUGAAUUUGUGCUUGAGGUAAUAACAGAACAAAGGGGUGGAGAUGUGGAGAAUCUAUACAAGAUCUGUUGUGAUGAAUACGUAAAGUUUAGGUUACGCAAUAAACAUAAUAAAAAGGAAUUGGAUUUAUCGAUUGUUUUUAAGCAGAAAUGUGAAACAAAAGAUACAGAUACAUCUAUAAAUAGCAUAAUACAAAAGAAGUCAACAUGGCAACAGCAAAAGAUUUUAUUUUUACGAGCUUUCACUUACAUCAAACGAGAUAUAAUCUUAACACAACUAAGAUUUGUGACGCACGUCAUAGUCGGGCUAUUAUUAGGGAUAGUUUUCUAUAAUUUUGGUGAUGACGCGGAAAAAGUUCUAAGCAACAUCGCUUAUUUAUUUUUCUGUCUGUUAUUUUUAUUCUUUACAAAUGCCAUACUGGCAGUGCAAAUGUUUCCCAUUGAAGCGACAGUGUUUUUACAAGAACAUUUAAACAAUUGGUACUCUUUAAGAUCUUACUACAGUGUAAAAAUAAUAUCGGAUCUCUUAAUGCAAAUAAUUUGCGCCUCAUCUUUUUUGCUUAUAUCGUACUAUAUAACAGGACAGCCAAUGGAGAAAUAUGAUAGAUUUCUACAGAUGUGGGGAAUUUGCCUAUUAAUUACGAUUCUUGGACAAACGAUCGGGAUAUUUGCAGGCGUAAUAUGUGGCACUCAAUUAGGUAUAUUUUUAAUACCGGCGAUUAGUAUACCAUUAUUGUUGUUCGCUGGAUUCUUUUUAAAAUUAGGAGAAAUGUCGACGUACGUGCAGCCUUUAGGCUAUGUGAGCUUUUUCAGAUACGCAUUUGAAGGAGUAAUGCAAGCGAUCUAUCUUGAUCGACCGAAUCUGACGUGUUUGGAAAUCUACUGUUACUUGCGUUCACCAAGCAAGAUUCUCACGAUGAUGGACAUGCCAACAGUUCCAUUCCAUGUAAUUCUGAUAAUACUUGCUUUUUGGAUAUUCUUUUUUCACUUGAUCACUUAUGCAGUACUUCUUUGGAAAAUUUAUUAUGCAAAAAAGUGACGAUCAGUAAAGUUAAUAUUAAUAAAUCGUUUAUUAA